GUGUCGUGUGAGAUCUGCAAACUCCGCAACAUUUCCUCAGGAUCACAUGAUCGUGUUCCUCUGUGCUGCUGGAAGAGUUUCUGCAUCAACAAACAUAUGAUCUGUUUCUCUCAGGCACAGGUAAAGCCAUGAAGCUCAUCAUACUCAACGACUAUGACCAGGUCAGCGAAUGGGCUGCCAAAUACAUCAGAAACAGGAUAAGAAAGUUUAAUCCAGGUCCAGACAGAUACUUCACUCUAGGUCUUCCAACAGGAAGCACUCCGCUUGGAUGCUACAAGAAACUGAUCGAGUAUCACAAGAAGGGACAAAUAUCGUUUCAGUAUGUGAAAACGUUUAAUAUGGAUGAGUACGUAGGACUUCCUAGAGACCAUCCUGAAAGUUACCAUUCAUUCAUGUGGAAUAACUUCUUCAAGCAUAUCGACAUCCGAGCAGAGAACGCUCACAUCCUGGACGGAAACGCAUCCAAUCUAGAGAAGGAAUGUCAGGACUUUGAAGCCAAAAUUAAAGCUGCUGGAGGAAUCGAACUGUUUGUUGGCGGUAUUGGACCUGAUGGUCACAUCGCGUUCAAUGAGCCUGGUUCCAGUCUUGUGUCCCGAACGCGUGUUAAGACCUUGGCUAUGGACACAAUUCUGGCUAACGCGCGUUUCUUUGACGGUGAUCUCUCUAAAGUGCCCACCAUGGCCCUUACGGUUGGUGUUGGCACAGUGAUGGACGCUCGAGAGGUCAUGGUCCUUAUUACUGGCUCGCAUAAAGCGUUUGCCCUCUAUAAAGCCAUAGAAGAGGGAGUGAAUCACAUGUGGACUGUGUCAGCAUUCCAGCAGCACCCACAGACUGUGUUUGUGUGUGAUGAAGAUGCCACACAUGAGCUCAAGGUCAAAACAGUCAAGUAUUUCAAAGGCAUGAUGCAUGUGCACAACAAGAUGGUGGAAGAGCUAUAGUCUGAUACUGACGUGAAGAUUGGAGACGCAGCAGAUAUGUGCUUGUGUAUUUGCCUCAAAUUGUGCUCCUUGCGCUUGUCUGUUUUUCUUUUAUUAAACAUAUCAUACAAAUGAUAUA